AGGUGAGCGGCGGCGCCGGCCGGAGCGGGGCCGGGAGCGGCGCGGGAUCCUCCGGAGUGCCCGGGGCUGGGCCUCUGCUGCGGGGAAGGCCGGUGUGGAUACGGGUCUUUUGCGGGGGAGGGUGGGGCCCCUGCAGGGGGAGGCUGCGGGACCCUGCCCGCGGGGUGCCCUGGUAAGGAGGAAGGUCACGCCUUAUUCUAGUGGAGGUGGGGUUGUGUACCCGAGAGAGCGGAGCGUGGCUGUGCGUCUGGCGGGGAAGGCUCCCCCUCGAUCCCAGUACACGACAGACCUGCGGAGGGAGGUGGAGAAGCUUCAGGCCCCCGGAGCAUGCGGCUAAUAAUCUACACAUGGAGGUUUGUUGCCAGAGUGCAGAAACAAUGCUGUGGAAAGGAGCUGCCUAACCUCCCACAAUGCCCUUUUCUGACUUUGUCUUAGCACUGAAGGACAACCCAUAUUUCGGGGCUGGGUUUGGCCUCGUCGGGGUGGGCACAGUCCUGGCAGCAGCCCGUAAGGGGGCCCAGUUUGGGCUGGUGGCUUUCAGGCGCCACUAUAUGAUCACCUUGGAGGUGCCCAGCAAGGAUAAGAGCUACCAGUGGCUGCUGAACUGGGUCUCCCACCAUGCCAAGCAUACGCAGCACCUCAGUGUUGAGACAUCAUACCUGCAGCAUGAGAGCGGGCGUGUCAGCACCAAGUUCGACUUUAUUCCCAGCCUCGGGAAUCAUUUCAUCUGGUACCGCAGGAAGUGGAUUCGCAUCGAGCGCAGCCGGGAGACGCAGAUGCUUGACCUGAACACAGGGACCCCCUGGGAGUCUGUCACCUUCACUGCACUGGGCACUGACCGCGAGAUCUUCUUCAAUAUCCUUCAGGAAGCCCGGGAGCUGGCGCUGCAGCAGCAGGAGGGGAGGACGAUCAUGUACACGGCCGUGGGAGCAGAGUGGCGUCAGUUCGGCUUCCCCCGCCGCCGGCGGCCCCUCAGCUCUGUGGUGCUGGAGGAAGGUGUGUCAGAGAGGCUGGUUCAGGACGUGAAGGAGUUCAUCAGCAACCCCAAGUGGUACAGUGAAAGAGGGAUCCCCUACCGAAGAGGUUACCUGCUUUAUGGUCCUCCAGGAUGUGGGAAAAGCAGCUUCAUCACAGCCCUGGCUGGGGAACUGGAGUACAGUAUCUGCCUGCUGAGCCUCAGUGACCACAGCCUCUCUGAUGACCGGCUCAAUCACCUCCUGAGUGUAGCACCGCAGCAGAGCAUCAUCCUGCUGGAGGAUGUGGAUGCUGCCUUCGUCAGCCGGGACCUUGCUGCUGAGAACCCGGCUGUGUACCAAGGCAUGGGGCGCCUGACCUUCAGUGGUCUCCUCAAUGCUCUGGACGGUGUGGCCUCCACAGAAGCCAGGAUUGUCUUCAUGACCACCAACUACGUGGACAGGCUGGACCCAGCUCUGGUGCGCCCUGGCCGUGUGGAUCUGAAGCAGUACGUGGGCCAUUGCUCCCGCUGGCAGCUCGCCCGCAUGUUCCAGCGCUUCUACCCCGAGCAGCCCCCGGCUGCAGCCCAGAACUUCGCAGAGCAGGCGCUGGCAGUCUCCAAAGAGAUCAGCGCUGCCCAGGUGCAAGGCCACUUCAUGCUUUACAAGACGGACCCUGAAGGAGCCACUUCAAACAUAAGCUCCAGCCUCCUGUGACAGGGGCCAGCUUUCCCUUGUGACACUGAGAGGACUGGGACAAAGAUUUGACCAUCUUGGGGAUGCCAUGAAGCUGCCCACCUGCACAGGCCAGGUCUCUGUUCACAUAUGCCUUGGUUUUGGAGACUCAGAGCUGCCAGCCUCACAGCAAGGGAGGGAAUCUGGCUCUUGCUGCUCCCCAGACUUGGGUGCUACUGCACCAGCCCUGCUCACCAGUGUGUGCCUCAUAUUGGGAUUGCUGUAAACUACCAAGGCUCCUGGUGUGAAUCCCCUUCCUUAUGGGUCAGCCUCGAGGUGCCCCAAAAGGGCAUUUCCUGUGGGCAGGACAUUGGGGUUCUACACUGCUAAAAGCAUCUGGUCUUUUUAAAGGACAGUGGUCUCACUGAUUUAUGAAUAUCCUCUGUGAAGUACACAACACA